GGCAGCCCGUCCCGGGAAGGCGGCAGCCGCUUGGCAAAGCAGCGGUGGAGGACUCGGCUGGGCGCAGGCGGACGCGGGCGGCAGGACAGCCCCGUCUCAACAGAGCGCUGGCCGUGGUGGGUACACGGAGCUGCCCCCACCAUCACAAAUGGGCCGCAGAGGAGACAGUGCAGAGAGCCCUCCAGUGUCAGAAGGAAGACGAGCUUCCAUGGGAAUGGUCAAAGCAGGCUUCCUGGAGCAGGUGGUAUUUACCCUAGGCUCACAGGAGAAGGCUUUUCACAGACAGAGGAGGAUGUCCCUGCAAGUGAUGGAGCUUGGGACAGUAAGGGCCUAAGGGGCAGGAGGCAUACUGGAGACAUUUGGAGAGGGGGGUCCUUUGCUCGGGCCGGAUUCGGGGCCCGUGAGGUCUCAGAACAGCCCUGAUGAAGGCAGAGCGAGGCCAGGGCCCUGGACGUAAGCACGUUACUCGGAGCCUCCGUCUAGUUGUGAGGCCAGAUGAGAUGCCAGGGACGCCCAGCACUACCAGGAGACUGUGUCCUCGGGCCACACUGCCAUGCGCUACGGUGAGAUGUCCACACAGAGGACAGCGGCAUGGCUAUUUGGAAAAGUCCAGAGCAUGGAAGCGAGCAGGCAGCUCUGGCUCCCCCAGAGCCCGCGUCUAACGGGGGACACUUCUAGCCGAAGGCCUCAUGUUCAGCAUGGCAGAGACCCCCGUCCCCCCGCCGUGAGGACCAGAGGAGGCGGUGUGCAGAGCGCCUGGGCCACACCCGGCCCACACUGGCAAAGGUGGAGGAGAGCCACCCGCUGUCAGGCCCAACAGCAGCCAGGAACACAGGCCGUACGCAGGCAUCCACGGACACCGCCCAGAACAUGGCUCUGGAGUCAGGACGGGGUGCCCCACAGUGCCCCACUGAAAGCCCACGGGAACCGUGGGCAUGAGUCCCAAGACGUGGGAGGCCCGGGAAGAGGGCAGAUCACAUAGACCAACACUGGUGUCUGCAGGGGAAUCCAAGCCAGGUCUUGCCCCCUCUUGGAGACUCAGUGUCUCUGCAUCACAAGAGGCCUGUCCUCACCCUGAGCUAAUCAAUCACAGUGCCCUCUCCCACGACCCAUGGGAGUUCCAGGAGCCACCGUCUGUCAGCUGUUUGCCACCUGGAAUCGAUGCGCUCCUAGAGGCCACCUCCCAGGGCUGGUCUACACCCCACAGGCAGGUCAUCCAGCAGCCAUGUAGCUGCCAGCCUGGAAGAGACCUGGGCCGCAGACCCGGGAACCUCUUGCUCCCCACAGGCUUUCUCCCAGCCACGAGGCCCGAAGCAGCUGCUGAGUGGUGCCCUCCCUGGGCUGCAAGCUGGACGCUGGCCACCCACACCAGAUGGAGAUCUGCCCAGCAUGCUGCCUCUUUCCCGCCUCAGCGGCGCACCGUGACCAAGGACACAGGCCUUGGGGUCACAGACACGUGGGUUCUGGAAGGCCUGAGCUCUGCUGUGGACCGUGCCGUGGCCUGGAGGAGAUGCCCCCAGUGCGGUCACGGGCCAUGCCUGGCACACGGCACAUGCUCGAUAAAGUCAGCGCCAACCACCGACGCCGACGAGGACAAGAGCUGCAGAGCCACGGGCUGUGACCCCGGCCACAGGAGGCCAGAGGACACGGGGAGGUGGCGAGGCUACGGAGGGAGGGUGGUGGGAACGUGGCAGUGGAGCCUGUCUACAGAAGCUCCCAUGGGCACCAACAGGCCAGUGGCCGGCUCAGAGCCCAGAGCCGCAGGCAGGAGGCUGGCGGUGGCAGGGUCAGACAGACCACUUGGCUGUAGCGGAGAAGGGCUGUCAAAGGGGGGCCGCCCCAGACUGCCCAGCACGCAACAGCAGGUGACAAGGCACUCCCAGAGCCAGUGAGGGUGAGUCAGGGCCUAGACAAGUGGCCAGGCCCCUCACCACGGCCCCCUUUGCUGCAGGGAGGAGGGGGAGAUGGCCCUGCCGCCCCAGAGCCCAUACACCCCUCAGCCAAGUUGCCAGGACGUGGCGGUGACAGGGCAAACGGCCAGUGCAGAGCGGCUCGGCUCUCAGGGUCCCACGCCGCAGGGCCCCGGCCCGGAGGACAUCACUGCAGGGAAUUCGAGAGCACAACGGGAGGAGAGCAGCCCCACUGCCGCACCCCUUCUUGCCCACCACCGCCCCUCCUCCCAGGGUAUUAAGAGAAGGGCCGCCUUCCGUGCGGGUGUGGAGCUGGUAGACGACUCUUCUGUCUGUCUCUGCCGAGGGCUAAGGACCCCGGCUGUGCAGCCCUCAGGGCUUCCCAGGGUGGUCCUGAGGCUCCUGCUAAGAAUUCAGAUUCCUGGGCCCGCCCAGGCCCCGUGAACCCACACCCACCCUCCAGGGUCCCACUGCCUGAUUGCUGGGGUCCUCCCAAGGGAGGACCCCACCCAGGGUCCAAGAGCCUCCCUGUCCUGCACCUCUCGCCUCAGGGAGCCUGGGAGAUGGAAGAGCAAUGCACUCGGAGCUGCACCGUGGCAGGGCUGGGGUGUUGCUGGGGGAGGGAGGGCUGGCCCCCAAGGGACUGAGCGCAGUCAGUGGGCUCUGCCCAACGGUGGGGUGGGUGCUCCGGGAGGGCAGGAACAGCCUGCUCGGGCCCCCGCUGUCUCUGCUCAUCCGAGUGAGCCAGGACAGCUCCUUUGUUUGAAUUUGUGGGCAUCGAGGGCUGGGUCUGGAGGUAACCCCCUCCCUCCCACAGCUGGCUGUCAGCUCACAUCUGCAAACCAGCUUCAUUUUCACUGUCAUUAAAAAUCCCAAGUCUGACAGGUAGGGAAAAUCCAACGUAGAAACAACCACCGGGGGCCCACCACAGCUCCAGCAGGAGCCCAGAUUCCCGCCCAGGGGCCAAGCUCUUCGGGGAGACGGGAAUGGGAGCCCACCCUGUCCCCCAUCAUUUUGGGGUGGGCUGGGCUGAGCCAAACAGGUGCUGACCUGCCACCUGCCUGGCAGGACCAGAGAAGAGACAGCAAGGCGCAGGGAGGAGGUGGGGGGGGGCGUGGGAGUGGGGUGCAGGCCCCACACAGCCAGGCCCUGACAGGUGAGGAAGGGAGAGACCCCGCCUGCUGCCCCUCAGACUUGAGGGUGCACGGGCACUCAGGUAGGGCCAGCCCUCUUCCGUGAGGCUCCCCAUCGCUCAGACACACCACUUGCUCUUCCACUUUGAGGGGCACAACUCCAGGUGGCGAGAAGUGGGUAGGUAUGCUGAGGGCCACACGGCCGGACGCUGGGCCUGGCCCGUGUGCUGUGACGGUGCCCUCACUUCACGGGACCAGGCCCGGGGCUGUGGGGAAGCCCUGGGCUCCCAGGGGAGCCUGCCACCAUUCCUCCUCACAGGGCGGGCGCACACACCACCCGCAAACCCUCCGAGGGCAGGAUGGGCGAGGCAGGCCUCGGGGAUUCCCUGCUGCUGUGCGUGGCCUGGUCGGGACUGCUGGUACCCUGGCUGAGCCUCGCUGUCCCGGGCCGUGGCUGGAGCCUGAGGUGGGCUCAGAGCCUGGGUCUCCCCAGGGCACCAGUGCUCAUGUGCCUGUUGACCUCCAGAAAAAGCUCAGAGAGGGCUCGGGAGGGAUGCCAUAGGGUGGCCUGCCCCUCCUUCUUGGAGACAGGGAGACCACUGCAGCCCCCCCCAGCCACGGCGCCGCAGGCCCAGAGGGCCGGCGCA